GUUUAUAUUUCCUGUCUCAUCAGAGCACAGUGAUGUUACCAUGUCAGUGAAGAGGUAUCCCACGACUCCAGCAGCGACCUGCAGGAGGAGGACGGCCACCAGGAUCCCCAGAAACUGCAGGAACAGCCAACACAGCAGCAAUGAGCCUCCCUAUAAACGUCACUGUGCGCUGACGCAUGAGGACUUCAUUUCAUCACACACACCACAUACUUUUGGCCAUAUGGUGAACAGGUCGUCUCCGUCUGACUCCUCCGUUAUUUGAGGACCUGAUUGAGGACCAUGGGCGUGCUGGACAUCCUGUCGUCCAUCAGAGACCGAGCCGACAAGUUUCUGAACGAGAAGAACGUGGUGACGGACUUCCUGGGGAAGUUGGAGGAGAAAACGGGGAUAAAGAAGAAGAUCAUUGCAGGGGGUGCCGUCUCACUGACAGGACUCUACCUGGUGUAUGGAUAUGGUGCCGCCCUCCUCUGCAACCUGAUUGGUUUUGUCUAUCCAGCGUAUUAUUCAGUCAAAGCCAUUGAAAGUGCGAGCAAAGAAGACGACACAAAAUGGCUGACGUACUGGGUGGUGUAUGGCGUCUUCAGCCUGGGCGAGUUCUUCUCCGAUAUUUUCCUCUACUGGUUCCCGUUCUACUACGCUUUUAAGUGUCUCUUCCUGUUGUGGUGCAUGGCUCCAAUGUCGUGGAACGGCUCCCAGAUCAUCUACAACAAAGUGGUUCGACCCAUCUUCCUCCGCCAUGAGGCCACAGUGGACAACAUGGUGAGCGACCUUGGCGGGAGGGCCAUGGCUGCCGCCGAGAACCUCACCAGAGAAGUCCUGUCCACGCUGAUAAAGAAUAAAGCUCUGGUGAAUCCUGCACCAUCAGUCACGCAGCCUGAAGCUAAAAGUUUACCAAGUUCAUCCGCAGCUAAAGUAGCUCCAUCAGAGCCAAGCGAAGAUCGACCAGUACGUAAAGCGCAGCUGCUUCCCCCACCCGACAGUUAGUCCACCUUAAAGGCCUCAUGCGCUUUAAAUGAGCCGAACUUUAGACAGAACCAGGCUUGCUGUUUCCUCCUGCUGCCAGUCUUUACGCUAAGCUGUGGUAACAGUACAGUAUCAUCAGCAUACUAAUUCAUCACUGUAACCCUGACCUGUCCUCGUAGAGCAUGUAGACGUGCUGUGUUGAGGUCUCAGCUGCAGUGUCUGUGUGUCUUCAUGUGAGUUAGUGUUUGUAGAUUUAGCCUGAGGUUCAGACGACCUCUUGGACUCACUGUGCUCGUCUCUCUGAGUAGUGUCAGUGCAGUCUGCUUGUUCAGCAGAGACGUUGGUUGCUUGGUUUGCAGAACAUAUUGUCAUGAAAUGUCUUGAGGAUAAACGCUUUAGAAUUUUAUUGGCCCAAUUAUUUCAUUCUCAGGACAAAUUUUACAUUUUUAGCUCCACUGUGGCUGAAGUACAGGUCACAGUAGGAAGGGACACAGCGAAGUUCAUCCACGUGUCGUUGCAAGUAGCUGGUGAAACGUAGAGCUACAGACACAGUCCGUUUGUAGCACACACAACACCAGAGUGAGCGUCCUCUACUGACCAAUCAGACUGCAGGGUUUCUAGCUCCGCCUUUUAGUACCAGAUCUGUGUGCUAGGUACCCCAACAGAGGGGGGACCAAACAUGGGGACGCUAAGGAACGCUUCUGUUGCUACCAUCCACAACUUUCACUGUGGGAACAGAAACAGUGCCAAACUGAACUGAACUGAACUGAACUGAACUGCUGGGUGAAAACAAGGCUUAGAUAAAAAAAAUUGUUUGUCCAAUCCUUACAAAACUUGCUGAAUAUGUUUCACAACAUGUACAAAAUGAUUUUGUAAUCGUUAACUAGCGGGGGUCCUGCUCCAACCACGUGCACUGGUCUCUUGCAAAAUGUGUCCAUAAAUCAAGGACACUUUGUCCAAACAUCAACAUACUCAACAGAUAUUUUAAACUCAGCUAUUAAAGCAUGACCCAGAAAUGUUUUCCCAACUGACCAAUAGGUAGAGAUGGUGUUGUUGAAAAAGAUCUCGGCCCGACACAGAUUGGGUCGUAAAUGAAUGAACAUUUUUCCGAUCAUUGUUAAACCUGUUAGUUAUCUUUUAUUCAGGCGUGUGAAACCAUCAGAGGUCUUGAUCCUUUCAUCUUUUGAUGGUCCAUGUUGGCUUGACCUGUGGAGUCACCACUCAUGGCUGUAUUUGCAGUUUGGGUUUAUAGUUAAAUCUUUAGUGUCCUUAUGGGAGAAAAUGCUGCUCCACAUGGUUGUUAACACUUUAUGUAGACAGUCCGUCUGCAGAUUGCAGUUUGUAGAGUAUUUGUAACAUUUCAGUGGCUCAUCAGCUGAGACUGUUCCCCUUUAUUCUGUAGAUGUUUAUCUACAGAGCACAUGCAACAGUUCACUGAUAAUAUUCUCAGUUCAAUAGUUUAGCUGAACUGGAACUAUUCACUCAACCUGGGACACCACAGGUUACCUCAACAUGGAUUGUCACAUAUACUUUAUAGAUAAUCUGUUAAACAUCCACAGAACAAAA